ACUAAUGAAAUAGUUGAUGCAAAUUUAAUCAACUAUUUGAUUAGUUGAUUAAUCUAAAUUUAACAUCCCUGCCCCACACACCUCCGCUGGUUCUCUUCAUCUUCUCACACUUCUUGGCCAGCCUGGGCUUUUCUCUGCCCCUGUUCCCACCUGACAGCUCCCUGUCCUCCCCACUCCUUGACCGCUUCCACUCCCUCCACCCUCCUGCCCAUUGCCUGCUCCUUUCAGCUGGUGUCCGCCUGCCCCCAUCACUGGCAGGCAGCCACCAGUGGAGCUGAGAGUGAAGAGAAGCCCUCAGCCAUUGCUGCUCAGGGCCAGCCCUAUGACUGUCCCUGUGACUAGAUGCAGCAGUCUGGGGAAGUUGUUGGCUGUCUCCCCUGCCAGACACAACCAUGCAAGGAAAAGCCUCCGAAACCAUCAGCACCACCAGCACCUGGAUAGUAGGGUUGGGUGGGACCCGGGAGAUGGGGCUGCUCUGUGUUUUUGAGCUUCCAUUGUCUUGUCUCCUAGCACUGUGCUGAGAGCAUGCCUCCCCCAGGCCUUUGGUUCCCCAGCGCUGCUAUAUAGCUCGCACAAGGAUGAAGUUUAACUUCUGUCUUUUAGUUAGAUACGUAAAGAGGUGUUCCUGGGCCGGGGUGCUGAUUUUGGAGGGAUAUAAUCUCUGUAAUGAUGGUUUGCGUGUUUUGUUCCUAAUAUGUUGGCUCCCGAGGUUCCUUUUAAUGUAUUUGGCAGCUGCCGGGAGGGAGCAUCGUGAGCAUACUGUUUGGAUGAUUUGUUCACAGGUUAAAAGAAGAUGGGAUUCAUAUCUCAUACUUUACCAAGGGCUCCAAAAUACCCGUUGCCAGCCCUUUAAACAAGAACACCCAGAGCCAUCAGCGUGAUAACUGAAUGUCAUGAUUAAUCCAAACACAUCUUCUUAAAAUCUGGUGUACAGCAAUCUUUGGCUAAUAGCUUUUUAUGGCAAUUUCCCCCCCUUCCUCUAAGCUGGAUUCAGAAGGGAAGCAUCAAAAGCAGAUCUGCCAAGUUGUUUUGGAUCACUUUGAGAAGCAAUACAUGAAGGAGCUGGGAGAGGCCUGGAGCACAGUCAGGGAUGUGCUUACAUCUCCAUUGUGCUGGCAAUAUGCUGUCCUGCUUAAUAAAUUCAGCUAUUCUUCUGAACUGGAGAACACCUUGCAUUUGAAGGGGUAUCAUAGUCUCUUUCGGGAAACCUUGCCUUAUAUUCCACGGUCAUUAAAGUGUUACAUCAAUAGAACUCCUGAAAGAUUCCCUGCACAAAAACACCAGAUUGGUAAACUAAAGGAAUAUUAUCUGCUGAAUGCUGCGUCCCUUCUCUCAGUUCUGGCAUUGGAAAUAAAGAAUGGAGAAAGAGUUUUGGAUAUGUGUGCUGCUCCAGGUGGUAAAUCAAUAGCUAUGCUGCAGUGUGCCUGGCCAGGUCAUUUUCACUGUAAUGAGUAUGAUAGUCUGAGAUCAAGGUGGCUGAAGCAGACACUAGAAUCCUUCAUCCCAGAGCCGCUGGUGAAUUUCAUCACUCUCUCUGAACUGGAUGGGAGACAGAUUGGAGAUCUCCAUUCUGAAUUGUAUGACAAGGUACUACUAGAUGCUCCAUGUUCAAAUGACAGAAGUUGGUUAUUCUGUUCUGAUAUUCAGCAGGCAACACUGAGACUCAUCCAAAGGAAGGAGUUAUCUGUUGUACAGGUGCAGCUGCUAAGAUCUGCCAUUAAAGCCUUGUGUCCUGGAGGAUCUGUGGUCUAUUCUACGUGCACUCUCUCAAAGGCAGAAAACAGUGAUGUAAUCAGUCACAUCCUCAACUCCUGCAGUAACGUUCUACCUGUAGACAUAAGUGAACUUGCCAGUGUUGUUUCCGAUGAGUUCUCUCUGCUUGCUGGUGUCCAGCCACAUGAAAUUCUAGUGCUUCCAUCAAGGGGCAGAGCCUGGGGGCCUAUGUAUGUAGCUAAAUUAAAGAAAAUGUAGACUAGAUGGCAUGUAUUAGGCUUUUGUAAGCCUAUUGAGAAAUUCUUAAUUUAUUUUAAUACUAGAGCUGUUGAUUAGUGAGUGUUAACACCUGUGAUUUACACAGGGUAGAAUUAAUGCGUUAAAAAAAUUAACUUGUGUUAAUCGCAGAGGUUGGCAAACCAGCAUGAGCUGCUCCAGAGACCUUCUCUGGUAAGGCGCAGUAAUACAAACUGCCACCAAGUGGCGUACGGGAAAAACAAAGCAGCCAGAAAGGA